AUGAGUGAGAGUAUAUCAAUUGGUAAUGAAAUUAAAGAUGGUUACGAGGAGACGCAAAAGUGGGUGCAAAACAACAUAAAGUGGCUUUCCACAGUCGGAUCCUUUUAUCGUGAGAGAGCGAAGUUGGAAAAGGAGUACAGCGAGAAACUCAGUCAAUUAACGAAAGAGUACUUCUCUAAGAAGAGUGCUGAAACUGUUGCGCUGUCUGUAGGAAAUACACCAGCAAUCACUCCUGGAUCUCUUGAGAGUGCUUCUCAAGUGACAUGGAAUGAGGUUUUAACGCAAAGUGAAUUGAUGGCUAAAGAUCAUGAUAAAUUCGCCAAUGAUAUAACUAUCUAUAUUUGCGAGCAAUUGAGGACUUUGACUGUGCGCUGUGAGAUGCUAUUUUCGAAAGCUGAGCGUUUGAAUCAGGAAGUUGUAGAUCGUAAGGAUACAUGUUAUAACAACUUGGAGAAAGCGAAGAAGAAAUAUUAUGAUGCAUGCCAGGCUAUGGAGACGAUGAGAUCCAAGAGUGCCAAAUACAGCUCGGAAAAGGCGCAGAAGAAACUUUCAGAAAAGGAGCACGAAAUGAACAUCUGUAAGAACCAGUAUUUGGUCAAAAUUAACCAGGCGAAUAGAGUGAAGGACAAAUACUAUUUCCAAGACGUUCCAGAGAUUUUAGAUAUCUUACAGGACUUGAACGAAUCUCGAGUUGCGAUGAUCAAUCUAAUCUGGAAAAAGGCCGGGGAUCUGGAAAGAGACUUCCACAAGAGGGUUGAAACGAGACUCGAUGCCGUUGACUCGGUGAUUGUCAAGAAUAAGCCACACUUGGAUUCUUCCAUGUUCAUCAAGCACAAUAUCAAGAAUUGGAACGAACCAAAGGAUUUCCUUUACGAACCAUCAAGCGUAUGGCAUGAUGAUGAGCACUUUGUAAUCAAAUCCCAAGCUGAGUUGCAAGACUUGAGAUUGAGAUUGGCAAAAGCUCAGCAACAGUUGGAAGAAUCACACAGUCUUACCGAGUCGGAAAAGGUUGCCUUGGGUAAAUUACACACGGCAAAGAGUGAGAUGAAGAGCAAAGACUCAUUUGAUCCAAUGAAGUUGCAGGACACUCUAAAGGAAUACAUAAUUGCUGUGCAGAAAUUCACCGCUUUAGAAAACAAGAAGCUUGAAUCCGAAGUCGAAGUGGAGAGUAUUCAGAAUAACGUCCAAGAUGAAUCAGUCUUGGAUAUAUCCGACGUCGACUUGUCGAAAACAGAAAAGAAAAAUGGUCUCUUUGGUUUGUUCAAGAAAUCCACCAGCAAUAAUAUCGCUGCUGCCUCAGAUGCCGCAUCGAUGGUAUCUGAAGAGACCCAUAAAUCCAAAAAUUCAAACCGAUUCUCAGUGUUCAAAAGGAACGGACAUGGUUCCACAUCCCAUGGCGGCGCUGGAUCAGCAUCUGUGGUAGAUAACGAUGACAAUGUGUCUACCAUUACCACACCCUCUUCCUCCCAUAGCCACAGUGCGGGCUCCGGGAACGCAGUCAAGGGCAAAGUUUUAUACACCUACGAAAAGGGCGAUACAGAUGAGGUGUCUGUCACUAGCGGUGCAAUUGUGACAGUAGUGAACAAAGAUGCUGGAAAUGGAUGGUCCCUCAUUAGACUCGAUUCAGGCGAACAGGGCCUAGUGCCUCAAUCAUACAUAGAAGUACAAUCGGGCUCUUCAUCUAGACGAGCACCACCAAAGGCUCCUCAGCCAAGAAAAAGCUCACACAAGACCAUGACAGCUGCAUAUGCCUACCAGUCGCAAGGUGCAGAUGAGCUUUCUCUCUCUGUUGGUGAUAAAGUCAAAGUAUUAAAGGCAGACGAAGGAAAUGGAUGGACUUAUGGAGAACUGAAUGGCCAACGUGGACUUUUCCCAACCGCCUAUUGUACGUGA